AUGGCUAAGACCUUCCCCCUCAACGUCAACGUAGAGCGGAGGCUGAUAGUCGCCAUGACUAGUGUUCUGGCGCGCUAUACAGUUGAUGAGGCUGGCGAUGCCUUCCUGUGUGACAACGAACACUGGUCUCUGGCUGGGGACAUUUUGGACAUGCUGAUACCUCAGCCAUUUAGCCUCUCAGCUGUUACAGGUCCAGAUGUCUGGCGAACACCUGCCUCUGCCGGUGGUCGUAAUGAUUUCCAUAGCCCAAUUUACGCAACACCUAUCGCCCUAAACUCAUUCAAGAGCGUAAAAGUCGCAAUUUCUGGCGACUUUAAAACUACGGAUAUCGCUGGAAAUAAAGGUCUUGGGAAGUUACCUGGCAUAUGGACCAAGGCUGGAAUCGAACUUGUCGACGAUCAAUUCUUUGCGUCUGUUACUGCUGGGCGACCUUACUCUGACUGGAGUCUGGUCAAGCUAGACCAGAAUCGCGCGACAUUCGAGAUGGAGAAGUCCAAGGGGUCUCUUUGGAUCUACGUUGCAGGCUCUAAUGUAAAAUGA